CGUUGCGGUUGAAAUACUUACGGUGCAAUGUCAGCUGAGCUGGUAUGGCCCCAGGUUUGCCCAGGCCUCAUUGAACGAGCAGUAUACCACAAAUACAAAAAAGAGUGCCUAUAUAUUCAACCUAUUUCCUCCAAAACCAUUUCUCUUCAACUACAUUCUUUUUCGUCGUGUUAACACGUUGAGGCCUAAAAAGUACUCGACAUUCAACCGCACCACCACCAUGCCCGAACCAAUUCCCAUCGUUGGGACCGCUUGCCGCUUUCCAGGCGAAUGCGACAUCCCCAGCAGGCUCUGGGAACUGUUGAAAGCUCCUCAUGACAUUCCCAAGAAGGUCCAUUUGGAUAGGUUCGAUGUUGAUCAUUUUUACCACCCAGAGGCAACCCACCUUGGCACUGCAAAUGCCACCAAGUCCUACUUUCUUGAAGAGAAUAUUGCUCAAUUCGCUGGGCCAUUCUUCAACAUACAACUCAUGGAGAGCGAUUCGCUUGACCCGCAACAACGUUUACUCUCAAAAGCCAUAUACGACUGGCUUUGCACAGAAGAUUUGCCCAUGGAAAAUCUCCGCGGAUCGUCCACAUCGGACCCCGUUGGUAUGAUGUGCGAUGAAUGGCCUACACUGGUGGCUAGCGACGCCGAGACCUUACCUACCUAUACAGCUACUGGCUUAGCACGAAAGAGAUCGAGAUUGACUCGGCUUGGUGCUGGGCUGGCUUGCGAAGUCAAGCAAAUGGCACGCAAGCUCCACGGCACGAGAUUUCAUUCUUAUCUUACUAUUCUCAAAGCAUUCAUUCCUCGAAUGCUUCCCGACACCAGUGACUUUCUUCAUGGAUCAACGGCUUAGUGAUCAAGAGCUUAGUGAUCAGGAGGACACGAGGCAUGUGAGUUGCAAUGCAGACAUUUCGUGGAAUGAUGAUGCGACGGGGUAUGGAUUCGCACCUAAAGGUGCUUGAUACCGUCGCCGGGGAGUCACUCGCUGUUCUGGGGAUGCAAAUAUCGACUCUAAUCAUAUCAAGCUGUCGAAUUGCUGCUAGAGUGUUUUAUCAAACUCAUGGAAGAGGUCACAGAUGGGCCUGCCGGCCAAGUCGGUUUCUCGUCGGCUUCUCUGUAGCCAGACGAUUACAUUGUGGAUGCAUUAGCUGUGGGAAAGAUAUGUUUUGAAAGGAUAGUACAUUAUUAUGGGUUCUGGGAAGGGACCGGUUAUGCCGAGGCGAUA